AUGAACGAACGAUUGUUGGAGAUGUAUGAUUGGGAAACAUUGACCCCAGAGAAUCAACAGGAACAAGACCAGUUGUUUGAAUUGGAGAGUACCGUUGCUAUGGAACAGCCAAUCCUGGUACAAGACUGCGUGAAACCAUCACCACGGAUACACGCAUUCGAAUCAUCGGAAGAAGGUGAACAACAGAAGAAGAAUCAAAUGGCUGAAGAAUACGAUCAAACACCACUCCGCAACAUGCACAACAACUCCACUCCACACUCGUUUGAUUCUAUCUUAUUUCAAAUUGAGCCAAUGCAAGACCUCCAACAGACGGACCCAUCACCGGGCACAUCACAACACAACAACACAAAACUACAACAAAAUAAAGCAGCUACAGCAAGAAGAACACAGCCAGAUGAUUGA